UGUGGUCUCAGUAAGAAAUGAAGCUGUGUGUUAAGAAGCGGAUAAGGAAGAGCAAACAAUCGUUCGCUUUGCAUUUUGGUUGGAGAAAGGCCAACAGCGUUUCAGAAUCGAUUACGAACUUGCUGAUUUUGGGUCGUCACGUGAAACAUGCGAUUUGAACGCAGAAACCUGACAUGGACUCUGAUGCCGCUGUUUCUGGCUGGUGUCAUCUGCAAAACGUGGGAAGUGGAAUAUCAACGGCUGCAAAUCUGUGCAGUGAAAGGCUCGUCCGUCGUCAUCCCCUGUUCAUUGUACCAUCCGGAUAACCUGACAGUGAAGAGGGUCAUAUGGGGUCAUGUUACGUCUCACGGCUCCAAGGGUUAUUUUGUAUCUGGCAGCAAUUUUAAAAAAGCCACCAAAAAAUUUCAGUAUAUUGGCGACAAACAGCACAAUUGUUCUUUAAAAAUACACCAAGUUGAGUCUAAGGACGCAGGGAAAUACACAGUCAGAUUAUCUGUAAAGAACAUGAAAUACAUAGGAUCGGGUAUUGUCAGAGCGUUAAAGGUCGUUGAUUUGUACGUGGAACUGACAAAAAAAACAGGCGGAAAUGAAGCAACAAAGGAAGGCGACUCUGUGAAUCUGACCUGUAUAAACGGCUGUGACGGUGAUCACCUUUCAUCUGCUUUCACCUGGUUUAAGAACGGAGAACCCAAAAACGAAGGACCUGUUCUUUAUUUAAGCAACAUGAACCCCACUGACUCUGGAAACUACUCCUGCUCUCUAAAGACUCACACAGGAACAGCUUCACGAGUCAUAAACAUCAACGUUGAAUAUGCCCCGAAGAACACGUCAGUGUCCGUCAGGCCGUCGAUGGAGGUGGAGGGCGGCACCAACAUCACCCUGAUCUGCAGCAGCCACGCAAACCCUCCAGUGGAUUAUACCUGGUUUAAGAUAGAUGAAAGUCAUGUUCUGGAUGUUGGACACCAGCCUGAGUUGUUCUCUGCUGAUGGAGGCCAGUAUUUCUGCAGCGCCACCAACAAACAUGGAAGUCAAAACUCCUCUGUUGUGACUGUAAAGAUUAAAGCAUCUUGGCCGACAUUUACCAGAGAUGUACUGAUAAUCUCAGUUGUCACUGUGCUUCUGAUUGUGACCGGGGUUUUUGUUGUCAGGAGACUCAUGAGAAAAAGGAGGUCGGCACCAGAGACGGACUGCGUGGACGACAUACAGAAUACCAACUUUGUCAACUGGCCCGUUUGCGAAAUUAACCAAUUACAAGAGGGAAAUCAAACAGAACUGGUCUACGCAGCUAUUGACUUCAGCAGGGGAAGGGAGUCCAACACGCAGCAGCAGCAGAUGGAGUCCCACGAUGACGUCGGUGUGAUUUACAGUACGGUGUGCAGGUUGCGACCGUUGAACCUGUCGUACAUUGAGCCCCACUGAUUUGACAACAAACACCUGCCUUUCUCUAAGCAACAGGGUGGUUUAUGAUUUUUUCUUUUUUGCAAAUCUCUUUUACAGAUCUGUAACAUUUGCUGCACAUACAUUUCAGUGAAGUUUUACAGUCCAGACUAAAAUAAAUACUGGAGCACAAUGUAGUGGAAAAAUACAACACAUGUGACGUUCUUUAAAGGUGCAAUAUGUGGUUUUGGGGGAUAUAUUUUUAUCAUAAAGAUCUUCAGUGACUGAGUUCCAUGCCUAGAAAUAUAAAAUAAACAAACUGUCUUUGUUUUCAAGACUGAUUAUACUGACUGAACAAACUGACCAUAAAGGACAACACAAAUGUAUACCGUUUUACUUUGUUUAUAAGUGGCGGACCCUGCCACCUCUCUAGCUUCCAACAGUGUUCUGGACCUUACUUUCCUCUGAGGACAGCUUGUUUAUUCAGUUCUGGAAAAAUCGAAUAUUUGAAUAAAGACAAGUCUGCUAUC